UUGUGCAGCCUCGAAUAUACUGGAAAAUAUCACCCGUGAUGUAAUGGACUAGUCCAUCACCACCAGUUUUACUGUUUCACCUACGAAAUCAAAAGUAGAGAAGCUGUACGUAUAUUUGAUGAGUUUUGACCUGUAGAUACGUCUGAUCAUACAGCAGAAUGGCAUCCGUGUUUGGUGUGGCUAUUAUUGGAAUGGGUAACAUGGGUCUUGUUCACUUCAAGAACUGUAUUAUGUCACCAAGAGCUAAUGUGCGGUGGGUUGUUAGGCAAAAUGUUGAAAAUGCUAAAAGAUUGGUGAAAUCUUAUAAUCUACCUGUUAAAUGUACGUCACCAGAUAAUAUAGAUCAUGUCUUAGACGACGACAGUGUAAAUGCUGUAAUAAUCUGUUCACCAACCGAUACUCAUAAAAACCUGAUAACUAAAUCUCUAGAGGCAGGUAAACAUGUAUUUGCUGAAAAACCGAUCACACCAAAUCUUGAAUCAACUGAAAAAUGUUAUGAUUUAGCGGAACAGAAAAAUAAAUCUCUUCUUUGUGCUUUUCAUAGGCGAUUUGAUCCUAGUUUUAGUCAACUAUAUGAUAAUUUACAAAACAAGGCCCUGGGUAAUCUUCGUUUAUUAAAGAUAUCCAGUCACGAUAUGGCACCUCCACCAAUAGAAUAUGUUAAAAUUUCUGGUGGUAUAUUAAGUGAUUCGACAAUACAUGAUAUUGAUAUGUCAUCAUGGUUAGCUGGAAGUAAACCAACUAGUAUAUAUGUACAAUCUUCAGCUUUUGAUAAAGAUAUAGCUAAAUAUGAUUGUGAUUUAGUUGUUGUAACUAUUAUGUUCAACAAUGGAGUUAUCAGUGUUAUUGAUAAUGGAAGACAAGUUAGCUAUGGUUAUCAUCAACAACUUGAGGCUUUAUGUGACAAAGGUGUAUUGAAUGUUACAAAUCGACGAGUACAUCAACUAGAAGUAUCAUCAGCUGAACAAUCUGUGAUACCAUCCAUAGAUCAACAUUAUUCAACCAGAUAUACGGAUGCCUAUAUGUUAGAAUUAGAUCAUUUUAUGGAUGUUAUUCAAGGUAAAUGUGAGAUGAAAGUAACUAAAGAUCAAGUACUUCAAGUUCAGGCGUUGAUAGAAGCUGGCAGAAAAUCUCAAUCACUGAAGACACCGGUUCUGUUAUAAGAUUUUUUAAUCCGUAUAUGUUUAUUAUCAAUAAAUGUACACCUACAUGUUCAUAAAUUUCGCCAUUUAUGUGCAAACAGAGUAA